GGAGAAAUGCAUCGCAUUCAUUGCAUUCAGGGGUUCUCCCAGGCAGGCAGGCAGGCAGGCAGGCAUGCACACUACCCACACACACCGACACAUGCACGCAGACACAGACAGUCAGUGUCACAGUAAGUGUAUAUACUUGCAGCGUAUGUGCAUGGGGAACACUGUCAGUCACUGUUCGUGGCGGGCCAACACAGGAGCAGCAGACAGGCAAGGCAAGGCAAGGCAAGAAUGGUGGCAAAAAUACAUGCAUUCAUCCCCCCAGAGGGCGGCUGGCUGCCAACAGACAGACAGACAGACAGACAGAUGGACGGACGGACGAUCGAUGCACGGCACGGCAUGCAGGUCCUUUCAGGGCAUUCACAUGCACGUGACUCAUGCAUAAGUAAGGCGUGUAAGCAAGUACGUACCCAUGUUGGUUGGUUUAUAUGCAGCCCAGCAGCCUACCAAAAAGCCCCGAGCGACCGUCUGUGUGUGCACCAGCCAGGUAGUCUGUAGUGGAGAGAGAUCAUUGAUCGACUCGACUCAAAAUCGCAGCGGGGGGGCCGCCCCCGCAUGUACGCCGACCGCCACGCCACCUGGAUGUAGGUACACGCGCACUCACUGCUGUCUGCCUGACUGCCCGUCCUCUCUGUGGCACCGCAAAAAUCGCAGCGGAGCGACCAAGGCAGUGGUGAGAAAGAGAUGCGUGUCAGUCAUGUGUACACUCACUGUGUGUAUGGUAUGUGUGCAGUCAAGAGAUACAUGUGACCAUCGGUCAGCGAAGAGCAGGGAGGACGGCGGGACAGUGAGUGAGGAAGCGGCAUUUCGUCAUGUUGCGUCCAGAUCCUGCUGGCUGUUGCUCGUGUGUGUGCUCUCCUGGCGUGUUGACGUCUUGUGAGCCUCCCCGCAACGAGAUGGCUGUCCACUCAGACUUGGUGGGCAGCCAAGUCAUUUCAGGCCGCGCCACGAGACUUCAACACACCCGGAACCACGGGAACAAAACGGAGAGAGAUCCUCACUGUCAGGUCACACACGAAUGGGUGCACGUGUCUGAGUGUGUCUGUGCGUGUGCGAGUCGUAGCGUACCAGUCAGCCAGUAAGUACUUGCCCCCUGUCUGCCCUGCCCUUUACUAGUACACCCAUACACAACCCUCUUCCCCUCUUCCCCUCCCCCACGCUCCUCCCUGUAUGGUACUGCAGCCAUCCACAUAUCAUAUGCCACCUCACCUCAGCUCACCUCACGUGUGUGUGAUAGUCAGUCAGUGUAUCUUUGUGUGACUGGUCCAUCCAUCACGUCAACAGCCGACACACCAUGCAGUGAGUGCAAGUAUCCACGACAACGACGCAUAAAAUGCCCCCCUCUGUCUGUCCUUCCUCACCAGCCAGCCAGGCAUGGGCAGCCCCGCCACGGGCCUUCAGCUGCAGUACUGCACCAGUGAGGAAAAAGUCACGCUACCUCCCAACACCCAACACAACACAACACGACAGCGCCCCCAUCCGUCCCUCCGUCCAUCCGGGCCUCAAAUAACAAGGCCAUCCAUCCACCCCAUCAUGUAUACCACCAAACCCUCUAUGAAAAACACUUUGCGCGUCCCCCUCUCCCCGCUAUAUGACGACAAUACAAGAGAAGGCAAGGCAGGGCAAGGGAGACGACUGAGGCAGGCAGUCUAGUCGUCGAUUUCGACCUUCAUCCGUAUGUUGCCCUCUAAUCUGUCGUCGUCGUCAUCGUCGUUGUCGUCGUCCAUGAACUCGUACUCGCCCUCGGCCAACUCCCCAUCACCCUGGAGGCGGUCCUCAUCCGCCGCCGCCGGACGGUCACCGCCGGCGCUCGAAUCGUCGGACAUAUCUGAGCAUGGCAUGGAUGGAUGGAUGGAGGAAAGGCGAGAGGGAGAGAGGGAGAGAGGGUGGAUGGGCGGUUUGGUAUUGGAUGUGUGUGCGUACCAACAGCAUCGCUGUUCUCGGAUUCGGACCGUUGUAACCGGGACAACUUGCUGAGAGAGAAGGGAUGGAUGAAAGGAUACAUACAUACAUACAUAAGAACACACUCUGUCAGUCAGUGUCUUGACCUAUCUAUCACAUCUAUCUAUCCUAUUUUAUCACAUGUAUACACACGCUGACUGACGAACGCCCCUCACCUCUUGGUGGCCCAGGCCAGGACGAGAAUGCGUCCCUGUGACUUAUCGACAAAGAAGUAGUCGGUGGACCAGAGGAAAGCCGUGCCGAAGUUGAAGUUGACGUCCUCCUCGUCGGGCUGGAACCGAUACACCUCCACGCUCGACAAAUCCACACAACUCUGAUUGAUUGAUCGACACACCCACAGACAGACAGACAGACAGACAAACAGACAAACAGACAGAGAUUGGCCCGAUAGAUUGAAGCGUCAAGCCAAGGCAAGGCAGCACAGAUUCUCACCCGCACGGCUGUCCAGAGUUCUCUCAUAAAGUGGGGCCCGAAUUGCCGCUCGAGGUGAAUGGCGAGGUUGCAGUUGACCGAGUGGACCACCUGGUUCAGAUCAGCCUCCAACACAAACUUGUCAGCCGUCAACGUACUGAUCACACACACGCACGCACGCACGCACGCACACAGAGAGAUGUUCCUCUUGCUGCGUGUGCCUGCUCUCGCUCUGUGACGGACCUGAAGUCAUAGUCCGGGAAGGACUGAUUGAGAGUGCUGAUGAGAUUGACCAGCACCUCCUUGACAUGCGACGGGUCCGAGUGCACCGUCAGCUUCGGCGACGACGACCCAAACUGACCCACGUCCUUCUCCCUCCCCUUCCGCACCAUCAACAACCCACCUUGACCCACACCGCCUCCAACACCACCGACACCACCACUAACACCAGCACUAACCGCACCACCGGCAGAGGCAGAGGCAGAAGCAGAAGCACUCCCACUGGCAGCAGUUGGGCUGGCAUCACUCCGCCCGCUGAUGCUCAUGCCGCUGCCCCGCCGGAGCAUACUGGUGGGUGAGGACGAUGAUGCGUCCGAGGAUGAGGACAUGCCGCUGCCGACUGUUUCGGACAGCCGCCGCUCCGAUGCCGUCUUGGUGCACGAGAAGAGCUCCACCUUGCCGCGGAUGACGCGGUCGCCGACGUCCACGUGACGCAUUUGGGCUGACAGGUGCGCCAAGGUCGGGUUCUCCAGGAACUUCAUCACCGAAGAAGCCUCUCCGAGACCGCUCCCACACGAGGGAUCGGUCUGUGGUCGAGGAACUCUGCCUCGACUUCACCAGCAGCACCAGCUGCCUCUCCGCGGCUGACAAGGCUGUCUGGCGGUGUGGUACUUUCGAAAGUGAUGAGGGAAGCAGCGGCUGAGGUCCUGGGAAGCUCGAUUGAUGCUGUACAUGACGCUGGGUGAUAAGAAGGCGAACAAUAUACUCUCUUCUCUCUAUAUAGAGAAUUGAGCCACUGGGGAGGCCGCGAGGCAGAGGGGAAAAGCGGAAAGGCUGAGAGGCGCCAAAAUCUUUGCAAGCU